AUGUCUGCCUUGACAGCACACCCACCGCAACCUGGAGCCACAGUCAAGAUCCUACUCGGGGGUCCGCCAUACCACCUGGGGGUUCAGACAGCCCUUUGCGACAGCGAGCAAGACGUUCUUACGUGGAUAGAUGUCCUGAAGCGUCGCCCAUACCGAGACGAAGAUGAUCGAAAGGCUGCCCUCCAGCAGAUGGCAGCGAUGCUGAAAGGCUACGUUGCGACGGCAGACCCGCCGCUGUCCCAACUUGUGCCUGAGUUAUUGGAGCUGUAUCCUGACGCCAUGGUCAUCUGCACUGUCCGCGAUAUCGACUCCUGGGCCGCCAGUAUGGAGAAGAUCGCAGCCAUGGUUCAGCCAACGCUGCAAAUGAUCAUCUUCUUCUGGAUCCAGAAUUUGCGGCAUCUGCCCACUAUGUGGAAUCUUUUACCCAAGAUCUUUGAAGAGAGGUACCAAAGCCAGGCGAGCCUCACAGCAGAGGCGAAGAUCACUUGGGAGCGACAUAUCAAAUGGCUGGAGGAGAUUGUGCCGAAGGAUCGGUUGUUCUUCGCCGACGUGAGGGACGGCUGGGAGCCAUUGUGUAGAGCUCUUGAUGUGCCAGUGCCAAAGGAUGUCCCCUUCCCAAGACUGAACGACGGCAAGGCAUUCGAGGAGAUGUUCAAAGCUUGGGCGAUGCAAGGCUUGAUGAGAUGGGCGGUCUUUGUUGGCGUCUGUGUCGCCGUCGUUGCUGGGCUGGUCAUGUGGACGCGAUGA